AAUCAAUCUGGUUUUAAAAUUAUAUCAACAUGUAAAUGCAUUAUGCUGGUUGUCAAUUUAUUCCAAACUAUAAAAUACAGAAACCCUGAAAAGUAUAAAUGAUAGUAAAACAAUGAGUUCUAAUUACGCUGACGGUCUCUCACCCUAUGAAAACAAGGGAAUACUAGGCCUCCCAGAGAGUUUUGACAGCGAUGAUUCCGUUAGUAAAAAAUGCGACGAGUUAGCCAAUUACAUCAAGAACUCCAAACAUGUGGUAUUUCAUACUGGCGCUGGGAUAAGUACAUCAGCCGGCAUUCCUGACUUUAGAGGACCGAAAGGCGUGUGGACAUUGGAAAAAAAAGGAGAGGUCCCUAAACUCAACACUUCGUUUGACAAGGCAACUCCAACUAAGACACAUAUGGCCCUGCGAGCAUUGGUAGAGGCUGGAUACGUGCAGUAUAUUGUCUCUCAAAAUAUAGACGGGUUGCACUUAAGGUCGGGACUCAAUCGUAGAUACAUAUCAGAGUUGCACGGGAACAUAUUUAUUGAGCAAUGCCAUACAUGUGGACGUCAGUUUGUUCGUUCGACAUCUGUUGAAUCAGUUGGUCAAAAAUCACUAGGAAUCCGCUGUACAUCGACAGCCAGUGAUGUAGGCCGAGCUUGCAGAUCUGGCUCAUUGCAUGAUAACGUGCUGGACUGGGAACACGAUUUACCGCCAAAAGAUCUCGACAUGGCUAUCAUGCAUUCCACAAUGGCCGACUUGAAUAUAACUCUGGGAACAACUCUACAAAUCGUACCAAGUGGAAACUUGCCCUUAAAAAAUAUAAAAGGCGGUGGUAAGCUGGUUAUAUGUAAUUUACAACCGACAAAACAUGACUCUAAGGCGCACUUAGUUAUCUCAAGUUAUGUGGAUGCAAUACUAUCGAAAGUGUGUAAGUGUUUAGGUGUUGAAAUAUCAGAAUAUGCAGAGUCGUCUGAUCCCACCACACAUUCAAGCCUAGUUGAAUGGACUAUACCAUUAAAUCAUGUAAAUACUAUUAAACGUCAGUUUAGAGCACAUUUGAAAGAGACAGUGGGAUGCAGUCCCAAGAGAAAAAAGGCCAGAGGAGCUGUAACCGCCCCGGCUUCGUCCAAAAUAAAUGAUUAAAGUAAAUAAUAUAAUAAUUA